AUGAAGAGGAAUCUUCUCGUUCAACUCGACGAAGGUCGACUGAGCUCGGAAGUGUCGACGGGAGCGAUGGAAGAGACAUCGAUGAAUGUAAACGGAGAAGGCGUUGGAGUCCGCCUUGACGAUCGGCGUGAAUCUCGGCCCGCGAAAGAGAUGGACAUUCUCGUGUUCGUGUCCACCGACAAUCAAAUCGAACUGAGGAAAACUCUCGGCCAGACGAAGAUCGGUGGACAAGUCGAGAUGCGUCAAGGCAAUGACAACGUCGUAAGACGAACGAGGAAUCCCGUGAAGGAAUUCUUCAACGAAGGGAAUCAACGACGAUUGAUUGACGAUCGUCACGUAAGAUUUGAUCACCUCGAUCGUCAAGCCGAGACAAAGAACUGGAAGCUCGUCGAUGAAGAGAAUUUUGAACGGCAGAGUCGAGGGUGA